AUGUCGCAACAGUUCGGCACCUGGUUAUUACCUUACCUUGCACUCAUUUCUCAGCUGCCUUUCGGUGCAAGACAUAGAGUUGAUAAUCUUAUGUCUGCCAUCCUCACAGUCGGAUCACCGGUUAUCGCUGGUUACUCGAUGAUUCUCACCAUUCUCAACGCCAACUGGAUCAGUCGUCAGUUCGAAGACCUAUUCUUCCCCAACACUAAUGACGCUGUCCGUAUCCUUAUAAGCCUUCAACAAAGUCCACUGAGAAUAACAAACGAAGACUCGUUGCUGAGCUCUCUCGUUAUUCUGCCACAGAAUGACGACUGGUGGCCGACCAUUGCCGAUUUUCUCGACUACACUCACACCUGGUCCAUCGCAUCUGUGACAUCCAUUGCGUGGGUAGUCAUCGCCUACCUACUGACGGUCGCCAGCUCGCUAUCUGACGUUCUCUCCGAGAUCAAUUCCAACAGCGGUCAAGGGACGGGAUCGGUGUGGUUGUGGCUUAUCCCAAUUGUUAUAGGUUGGUUGCAACUGUCCCCGAAGUGCGAUCAUGCACGCGUCAGAAAGGCCAUGGAAAACGCGGAUGCAAUGGCAUUUGUAGCCACCAAUCAUGGAGUUGUUGUAAAGGCAUCAGAUCUUUCGGAAAGACGAGCAGUAUCCAUUGAUACCAAUACAGAAAGUCCUUCGUCUCCUGACGAAAUGUUGACUCCACCCGUCUAUAACUAUGCCAGGGCCAUUUCAUGGUCUCGGUCAGCGGAAGACGUCCUCCAUGCUUUUCGAAUAGCCUCCAACAACGCCAGAAUACACAGGCCGGUCAUGAUUGGUGCUACAUGGAUAAACACCAAUAGGAGGAACUUUAUUGAACCCGGCAACAGGAGAGGCAAUGCAUCAGAAGUCGAUGCUUACUGCAAACUUCCGCGAUACGUGGUACGAAGCCCCUGGGCCACAGGGAUGUUCUUUCGCAUGUUCGUGGCCUCGCUGCUGCCCCUGGCUUUGCAAUGGGCAACAACUGUAUCUGCGAUAUUAGUUGUAUAUUUUACUCCGACUAUGGGCAUUGGUUGUAGAUCUUUCGGUUAUCUCAUCUAUGGCACACUUGCAACGAUAGUAUGGGCGAUGCUCGUUAUGUCGAGCACCUUGUCGCACUACGCAUCCUCGUACUCAGACAGACACAGUGGUUCUUUCUCAUCCACCACUCUCAGUCUCGCGAAGGUACUAUCGAACCUUUUGAGAUGGGGAGGGAAAUCGUUGGCAAUCAUCAAUGCAAUCUGGAUAAUUGUGGCAGGGAUGCUGGAGUUUACAAGUACCUAUAAUAAUUGCUACUGCAACUCAGACGUGUUGGGGAGAGGGGCCCAAUAUGCAUAUGACGUUGUCUUGUUCAAUGGUGUAGACUUGGGUCAAGCUUGGUUCGGAGCGUUGGCUUUGGCUGGGUCUACCUCUUUAGGAUUCAUUUUUUAUAUCAGUUUAUUAACCGAUCUUGUACCUAUGUGA